GAGAUUGGCUAUUCAUAAUUAUAUGAGCGGCAUUAACGUCACCCAGAACGUUAUUACUCACUUUGAUGUUAGCAAUAAUGCAAUUGUCGAGUUGGAUUUAAGUAAAAGUGGAAACUUACAAAUAUUGAACUGUUCAACUAACCCACUUACUAAAUUAGUUUUACCUGAUUUUUUUGACCCUAUUUCUUUUGAUUGUAGUAAUACUCACCUUAAUAAGGUAGAGACUAAUUCUUUCAUAUUUGAUUGUCAGACUGGUACUAAAUUUACUAAAGGAACUACUACUCUUCUUGCAUCCUCCACUACUUCCUUGAAUAAUGGCACAAUAGUUGGAAUAGUACUUGUAGUCGAAAUUGCUGAUGCUGUUGGGAUUCUGUUUUUGACUAUUGAUGGACGAUUAAUUUCAUCUUUUAUAUUCACUGAGGCUUCAAUAAUUCUAUCGAUAAUAGAUCUCAUUUCAACAGCAUUUUUUAGGAAUCCUUCAGCAAUAUGUGGAGCGAAUAAAAAGUUCUGUCAAAUAAAUCUAGUGCUGCUAGUGAUGAAACAGUUACAUGAUCACGUAUCACUUGGAUUUCUAAAAUGGGAAUCUUUUUAA